CAGUGAUCAGAGAAUGCAAUAAAUAUCUUCUUAACAAGUCUGCUGCCUGUGUCUCAUUUUGACAGCCAUCUUUCCUCAGAAGACAGACUGGAAGAAGUUACUCUGUUCAUCUUGAAAGGUGCAAAAGAACAUCUUCAACAUGUCGGACAAGCGGUUGUCUAGUAGUAAAAAACACAGCCUGAAGAGCAUGAUGCUCCAAGUUGCAAAAGACUUACUGGAAUCAGAAGAGAUAGAAAAGAAGGAGGAAAGAAAGAACUACAUGGAAGAACACUGUCCUGCAUUGUCAUACCCAAGCUCCAAGGAGGAACUGCAGGAGCUUUGCAAAGAGUUACACUCAAAAAUCAAUGAUAUUGAUGAGGAAAGAUAUAUUCUAGAGCACAAAGCUAACAUGGUUGUCAGUGAGGUCAAAGAUUUAAACAUCAAGAUCAUCGACUUGAAGGGCAAGUUCAAGAAACCUCCUUUGAAGAAAGUGCGCAUGUCCGCUGAUGCUAUGCUUCAAGCUCUGCUCGGCUCCAAACACAAGGUAUCCAUGGACCUGAGAGCCAACUUGAAACAAGUGAAGAAGGAGGUCAAGGAGGAGGAUAAGGAACUGCGUGAUGUUGGUGACUGGCGUAAAAACAUUGAAGAUAAGGCAGGCAUGGGUGGCAGGAAGAAGAUGUUUGAAUCUGAAUCUUGAAGAACAUUGUAAUUGGCAACCAAUUAUAAGUGUUCUGUCAUAAUCUCGUGUUGACUGACAGUACCAGACCUACUCAUUCUUUAUGGAUUACUAUUUUUCACAAUUUACAGUAAAAGUGAAGUCAUCAAAUCUAUAAAAUAACACAAACGGAAGAAUGGGAAUUAUGCAGUGACAAACAAAUCAAAAGUAUCUGUGGUUUGUCGAUAAGCUAGACUCCUGAAAGUAGCCACCCUCUGUUUAUACUCUCAACCAACUUUGAGGCCCAUUCUGAGGUGUUUUUUAAACAGUAUUAACAUAGUUCCUAUGUAUACUGCUUGACAUUUGUUGGCUUCUUUUCAUUCGCUCUGUUCCAACUCAUCCAUUAAAUAAAUAAAUAAAAUAAAAUGUUUGCUUUGUAAAGAAAUUCAUAUAUACAAACAAUUCUUAAUUUAUGCCUGCAUAUAAAUAGGUCUUUAAGAUACAAAAAAAAUAUGUGUCCAAACAUUUGACUGGGACUAUAAAUCAAAUUAUAGUUUCUAAAAAUACCCAACAAAAUACAAUAAAGCCAAAACACAAUAGAAAAGCCACAACACAAUGAUGUAAAAUAAUUUGAUUACAAAGUAUUUUAUUACUGUAAUUAAAUAACUUUUUUGUCCAAAACAUUUUGUGUAAACCAUUAAAUUUUCAAAUAGAAUUACAGUUACUGACUUUUAAUCAAUUACUUUUAAGUGCAUUACUUGGGUUACACAUAUUUCUAAAAUGAUGUAUAAUAAAUGUAAUACAUGAAUUAUAUUCAAAUAUCGGCCUGUUUCUGUGAUGGAUAAAGUACAGUGGCCGAGAAGUGCACAACACAAACAAAUUAGCAAAGCAAAUAAAAGCUGAAAACACAACAGAAAUAAGCCACAACACAUCAAAAUAAAGCCACAACACAAUUAAAUAAAUCCACAACACAAAGGAAUUAAGCCAAAACAUAACAAAAUAAAGCACCAACACAACGAAAUAAAGCCAAAACUCAACAGAAAAGCCCCAACACAACUAAAUAAAGCCACAACACAUCGAAAUAAAGCCUCAACACAGAAAUUAAGCCACAACACAACAGAAUAAAGCCACAACACAUCGAAAUAAAGCCCCAACACAAAUAAAUAAAGCCACAACACAAAUAAAUAAAGCCACAACACAUCAAAAUAAAGCCCCAACACAAAUAAAUAAAGCCACAACACAAAUAAAUAAAGCCACAACACAUCAAAAUAAAGCCCCAACACAAAUAAAUAAAGCCACAACACAAAUAAAUAAAGCCACAACACAUCAAAAUUAUGCCCCAACACAAAUAAAUAAAGCCACAACACAAAUAAAGCCACAACACAUCAAAAUUAUGCCCCAACACAAAUAAAUAAAGCCACAACACAAAUAAAUAAAGCCCCAACACAAAUAAAUAAAGCCACAACACA